AUGUUAAUAUCGCCUAAUCCCGCCCAAGAUGCCGAAACCACCACAAUCGAGUCCCUCUACGGGACAGCCCAGCUCCCGCUACGAACACCGGAGAAAGAACACUCGAUAAUGCCGCCGGAGAUCGAAGCAGAAACACGCGUCGAGGCCGUCGUCGAGCCCGCGAAAGGCGAUAGACGGGCUACACCGUCGCCGCCCGUUGCUUCGGCGUCGUCGCAGACGGCUGUGUUUACUGUACCGGAGCAUCCUCUCUUUCCGCCGCUGCCGAUUUACGAUCAUCCUCCGACGGUCCUCGAGAUGGCGCGAUGGCUCGGCAUUCGAUUCUGCUCGUUUAUACUCUCGCUACUGUUCCUUCUGGUCGUUGUCGUUGGAGCUCUACUCAGUGGGAUCUGGGUCCUCUUGCUGAGGGCGAAAUACUAUCUUCGGGGAAAAAGUCCACGGGAACAGCGAAAGUUCUAUGCGGAGGAGCGAGCGCGGAAGAUGGCGAGGCGGACUUCCUCGCGGAGAUGGCAACUGCGGCAAGAGAAGAGGGAGGCUGAUGAAGAAGGGCCCGAGGAUUGUCCUCCCCUCGAAGGGGGCAAGGACAAGGUCACUGGCGAUGUCGGAUACUAUGCGCGGAGAGUUGGACUGGAUGUGGAGACGUUCAAGGUUCAGACUGAGGACGGCUUCGUCCUGACGCUCUGGCAUGUGUACAACCCGCAGGAGUAUACUCCUCUCCCGGCCAGCGAGCGAGAACAUCGAGGUCCUCAGGUCUUCACCGGCCAGAAACGACUCCAAAUGGCGGACAACGCCCGCCGCAAAUACCCCGUCCUGUUGAUGCAUGGCCUGCUCCAAAACUCUGGCGCUUACUGCGCGAAUGACGACGACAGUCUAGCCUUUUACCUCUGCAAAUCCGGCUACGACGUCUGGCUCGGCAACAACCGCUGCGGCCUCGAGCCCGAACACACCAGCAUGUCCCCCUCCGACCCCCGCAUGUGGAGCUGGACAAUCCAACACAUGGGCGCCUUCGACCUCGCAGCCCUCAUCUCCCGCGUUCUCUACGAAACAGGGUACCCGAAACUCGGUCUAAUCUGCCACUCGCAGGGAACAGCCCAAACCUUCGUCGCCCUCGCCAAAGACCACCGCCCCGAAUUGGGCAAGUACAUCUCCGUCUUUUGCGCCCUCGCACCCGCCGUCUACGCGGGACCCCUAGUCGAAUGCAUCUACUUUCGCUUCAUGCGCCUCAUCCCACCAAGCGCCUUCCGCCUCGUCUUCGGCAUCCACUCUUUCAUCCCCUUCAUGCUCACCGUCCGCCGCCACCUACACGCGCGCAUCUACGGGAAACUGGGCUACACAGUCUUCUCGCACCUCUUCAACUGGUCCGACUCGCGCUGGGACGCCGCCCUCCGCGACCGCAUGUUCCAGUUCGCGCCCGUGUACGUAUCCGCCGAGACGAUCCGCUGGUGGCUCGGCGCCGACGGGUUCGCGACACAUACAUGCAUCCUGUCGACACGGGACGCCUGCAUCGCGGAGAUCGAAGAGGACGCGUGUAUCCGCGUCCACCCGACAGAACCAGAUCUCAUACGCAUAGACGCAGCGUGGUACGGACCCGACACGCCGCCAUUCGCGCUGUGGAUCGGCGGCUCCGACGAGCUUGUUGAUGGGCGGAAACUGCUAAGGAGAUUCGAGAGCGGGCGCGAGCCGCAUGUGCGCCUUGCGCACGCAAAGGUUAUUGAGGAGUAUGAGCAUCUCGAUGUGCUUUGGGCGAUGGAUGCCGUUGAGCAGGUUGCGCGUGAGAUACGACAGGUGGUUUGGACGACGGUGCCGGCUGAGGCGCGGGCUGUUAGUGUCGUCCCGCGCGGGGUGGAGUGA